CUCAUGGAGUGAGGGAGAGAGGGGUAGAAUGGGAGGCCUGGUGUGUGUCUGGUCAGGGACUGGGGCUUUCAGGUCCCUUCCAGCCCCCUUGGUGACUGGUUUCUGUACUUCCCCCUAGUGUCUGUCAGAGCUGUCACCGCUGCCUGUCAUGAGUCCAGCCCAGGAGCCAACCCCUGAGCUGCUCGCAGACCCCUAUGAGAGCUUCAUGCAUCACCAUCUCCAGUACUAUGGCUACUUCAGAGAUGAGGAGAAAAUUGCAGAAAGCAGCUCCCUCGUGCCACGAGAGCACAGGCCAAAGAGCUCAGACUCUCUGCUGGAGCAGGAGAGUGGAGGAUCCAACCGCGAUUCCCUUCAGGAUAAGAAGAAGAAGCUGAUCUGUUCUCUCAUGCUGGAGGCCGCACUUCUCAAGAGCAAACAGCUUCUGUUCAAUCACCUUGAGGGCCCUGGGGUCCCACGCCUGCGGGAGCCACGGGGUCUCUUUGCUGUGCCCACCUCGAGAGGCCCCCUGCAGGCCCCACGCUGGCCAGUGGAGUGCGAAGUCAUCAAGGAGCAAAUCCAGCACAUCGAGUGGGUGCCGUCUGAACCGGAGCCAUUCUAUCAGCCCACAGGAACUGAGCCGGCCCCACUAAUUGUGGGGGAGGAGAAAGGAACCGUGGUCUAUCACAUAAAGCCAGCGGCCAAAGGCUCCUAUUUCACCUGCUCCCGCGUUGGAGGCGCGCGAGGGCCCAUCACGUCACCUGCCGUCAGCUUGGAAGGUCCAGAGGACACCACCCUGCUCUUUGAAUCCAGAUUCGAGAGCGGGAACCUCCAGAAGGCCGUCCGAGUAGGCCCGUACGAAUAUGAGCUGACGCUGUGCAUGGACCUGUACACCAGCAAGCACACCCAGUGGUUCUACUUCCGGGUCAGGAACACCAGGAAAGGCAUCCCCUACCGCUUCUCCAUUGUCAACCUGAUGAAGUCCAAGAGCCUGUACAGCAUGGGGAUGAAGCCGCUCCUGUACUCCCAGAAGGAAGCGCAGACGCGUGGCGUGGGCUGGCGGAGAGAGGGGGGCGACAUCCGGUAUUACCGGUGCAGCUCCGAGGAGGGCCAGGCGAUGUAUUGUCUCACGUGGACGGCGUGCUUCCCCCAUGACCACGACACCUGCUACUUUGCCCACUUUUACCCCUACACCUUCUCGGACCUGCAGCGCUACCUGCUGGCAGUGGCCAGCGACCCGGUCCGCUCGCAGUACUGCAAGCCGCGGGUCCUGUGCAGCAGUUUGGCCGGCAACACCGUCUACCUUCUCACCAUCACCAGCCCGUCCCAAAACCCCGGUGCCACUGCCGCCAAGAAGGCUGUGGUGCUGAGCGCCAGGGUGCAUCCUGGGGAGACCAACGGCUCGUGGGUGAUGAGGGGUUUCCUGGACUUCAUCCUGAGCGACUCCCCUGACGCCCAGCUCCUCCGUGAGCUCUUCAUAUUCAAGGUGGUGCCCAUGCUCAAUCCAGACGGGGUGAUCGUGGGGAACUACCGCUGCUCGCUGGCCGGGAGAGAUCUCAACCGCAACUAUCGAACCGUCCUGAAGGAGUCCUUCCCUUGCAUCUGGCACACCCGGAGCAUGAUCCAGAGAGUCCUGGAGGAGCGGGAGGUUCUGCUGUAUUGUGACUUCCAUGGGCACAGCCGCAAGAACAAUGUCUUCAUGUACGGCUGCAACAACAAGAGCGCUCCUGCCCAGCGGCUCCACGAGCGCGUCUUCCCCCUCAUGCUCAGCAAAAACGCCCCUGACAAGUUUUCUUUCCACAGCUGUAAGUUUAAGGUCCAGAAGAGUAAAGAAGGGACGGGCCGGAUUGUGAUGUGGAGGAUGGGAAUCCCCAACAGCUACACCAUGGAGUCCACCUUCGGCGGCUCAACCCUGGGAAUGACAAAAGUCUCUAACUUCUCGCCCAGAUUUCUUGAGUCUGUGGGUCAUGGUCAAUGUCUCACUAUCUUGGUCUUUGCCGAUCCAGACCUGCCCAAAUUCCUGCAGUGUCUGUCCGAGCUUCAGCAGCAAAUCCAUCGAAAGCUCAAGGAUCUGGGCCGUGGGCAGGACUCAGACGGUGCCUGGAGUGACAUCUCCCUAUCAGACAUUGAGUCCAGCACCAGCGGCUCCAACAGCUCCCAGUCCGACGGCCUCCCUGCUCAUUUACUCAGUGUGGCAGAGAAGUUCCAUCAGAAGAAGAAGCGGCUGCGGACGAGGAAGGAGAGGAACGAGCUGCGUCAGAAAUACGCCUCGAGCCAGGGGCUGACGUGCCAAGACAAGACCCCGGUGGCGGGGGAGAGAAGGUUGGGGAGCCCCACCUGCCGGACCCACCAGCCUGUCAGCGCGGCGGCUCUGUGCACGGAGGACAGCUCUGGCAAACAGGGCAAGACUCCAGAAGCUGGCCUCGUUUCAGAUCUGCAGAGGAGAGAACCUAACGCCAGCCAGGAGGAGCAACCAGGUCUGGGUGCAAAGUGGUCUUGGCACACGUCGCAUGGUAGAAAGGAAGAGCGUCUAUGGGAGAGUAAGCUGUGUCACCAGCACAGCCCUGGGCCUGAGCGCCUAUGGAAGGCCCGGCAACCCCAGCCCCUGCUUAUCACCACGCUGACCCCGCCGCAGCCCCAGAGACCCGCUGGCACGUCGCCCAUCAGAGAGCACCCCCUGCCCUUCCAUGCUCAGCUGGACGGAGAGCCCCACGGCAGCCGGCAUGCAGGCAGCUCAACGUUGGCGCAGUCUGGAGCCACGGUUGGAACCAGCCCAUGCAGGUCUGUGUGGUGGGGCCCCGAGCAGCCCGCUGUGACUCUACUGCUGAGCAGAAACCCCUUCCCGAGACCCCAGCUCCCUGGCCCGAGAGCACCCGUUGGACCCCACACGCUGAAGCGGAGCCAAUCGCAGCACCUUCUGCCUCCCAGACGAGUGACAUGGAGUGUGCUGGACUUCCAGCCCCCCCGCACGGAGCCAGAGAGACGCAAGAGCCCCUCCCGGCCCCAGUAAGGGGCUGCAGGGCUGGGGCUCUCCCUGCCAGAGCCCCCUCCCUCCUGCUCGGCUGCAUAGGCAGGCUCAUUAAAGGGCUUUGGAACAGACAUCCGGGCUCCCUCCCUGAAAGGGGCUGUGAAGAGCGGUGGGGGGCAGGACCCCUCUGAUGACUGGCUCAGAGCUGCCGGCGGCGGGCAGGGGAGCCCACAGGCUGCUCAGGGCUCUAGUGGGUGGGGUGGCUGUUCAGAGCGCAGGCCGACUGCGCCACGAGCAUUGCUCCAUGGCCUUUCCUGCGGCAACCGGCCGGCCUGCGGCAAGUAACACGCGCACACGGCUGCUAUCAGCCCACGGCCCUGGUGCCCUGUCCCUGUCUUCCGCAGGGUGUUGGCUCCAUCUGGCCCAACCCAUCAGCACUAGGGCCUUGGUCCCCCCUUCCCUGUUCUACGGAGCCUCCAGGAACGUGGGCACUACGAAAAUAAACAGAACCUGCCUCACAGCAACUCAGGCAGCUCGGGCCCCUACUGCUGGGCAUGGCCAGGGCUGAGCUUGGAGGGGUGGCCGGGCUCGGGCUGCUUCAUUCUGCAGAGGCAGUGAAGGGAUCGAACGUGCUCCCGUGCGGUCAGUGCCUGGGGUGGGGGGUGGGGGUCUGGGCCCCCCAAGGAAGGAGGCGGCUUCCAGGCCCUGCCCCUCCCCUCGAGCAGCUGGAGACAUGUGGGAGCCAGACAGUCCCAUCAGCCCAGGCAUGGGGGGGGGGGGAGCAGGCAACUGGGACGCUGAAGUGGAAGCAGCCACCUCAGGCAGAGCAGCCGGGGGAUCCCACCGGGUGUGAUGGAUCCUCCAUGCUCAGGGAGAAGCUACAUGAACCGCAACAGGGGCUGAUUGUGCACAAAGGGGCGGGGGCGGGGGCAGGGGGACUGGCUGCAGGAAAGGCAGCCCCUCCCCCACCUAUCCAGCCAGGGCUACAGGGGAACCAGCCCCCCCAUGUCACUCUGUCCCCCACUAGGUUUGCCAACUUUCUAAUUGCACAAAACCAAACACCCUUGCCCCACCCCUUUCCCUGAGAUCCCACCCCUGCUCUGAGGCUCCACUCCCUGGCUCUCCCACCCUCA